AGUGUCACGAGUGUCACUGUCACUUUCUUGCUACUCCGUGUUGUUUUCCUUCAUUCCUGUUAAAAAAAAUAAAAAUCUGACAACUAAACAGUGUUUAUGUGCCAAAAAUGUACGUGAAAAACCAUCUGUGAAAUAAACAGCAACUGUUCGCAGCAAAAAAACACUCCAGCGAUGAGCGGCAAGCGAGCACCCGGCCCGAAUGAGGCAAUGGAAAAGAUAAUCGGCAACAUGACUGCCGAAAUGCAGAACGUCGAUGGCCAGUAUGUGCCUUUGGGCUUUACUGCUUCUCCACCAACGACUUCCGAGUCUAUGAACUGGACACCACAACCAAACUAUCUCAACCCUUAUGCGAUCCAUAAUAAUGAAUCUGUAGGUAUGGAUCAGUACCCACCACAAACAUUCAGCUUCUUACCUCAAGUUCCACCGUUGUACGAGCCCAGCAACUUCAAGAAGACCCCCGAGUAUGAGGUAUACAAUUCCGUGCAAAACGGAGCAUCAGAUAUGGGUUUUGUUGAUUAUAGGUUGCUGAUGCCACAACAGCAAAUGGUAGACAAUAUUCAAGAGCAUCCUAUUCAGCAACAGUCAACAAGUAACAGCCCCAACCAUGCACAUCUCAUUGAGCAUCUAGUUGGCAACUGGAUGGUGCCCAAUAACAGUGGCACCUAUUCCCCUUUUGGCCAUCCAGAAAUGUACAAACCAAAUGUGUUUGAAACACCAUGUGAAAGAGAAUCACCUAAUCUUGUGCAUCAGAGUGAGGAGCACAAAUUCAGGAAUGACCAAACUCUAGAUGGAAUCCAGUUCAAUAGAGACACUAGGAAACCAAGAAUGGUUGCUGAGGUGAAACCAAUGCGCCCGAGUUACUCUGAUGUUCUAACCAAGCCGGUUCCACAAACAACAUCAGUAAAACCGGUGAAAAAUGAAUCUAAGGAACCUAAGCCAAAAAAAGAGAACAAGAAGAGUGCUAAAGCAGAAAAAGAUAAAAAAUCAAGUGGCCUUUUGAAUAGAAGCAAUACUAAUAAUGAGAUUAAAGACAUACCAUCCGAGAAAAACACUUUACAUAGCAAGAUUGAUAGAAGCAAGGCUGUCAAAAGUAGUCAACUCAACAGAAAAUGGGCUUCUCUAGAUAAUAUCGCUGAUACUCCACCUAAAGUAGAUGAUACUAAGAAGAAACAGAAAGACGAUCAACCUGCUCCUAAACUUACCAGCAAAUCAAGUUCUAAAAAGGCAAAUAAGACAGUGAACGGUAUCACUGAUCAUGAAGUGGAUACUGUGAAGAUUGAAAGUUUCAAUAUAACGAAGAACGGCUUGAAGAAAGCUAAUAAAUCUAAUAAUAAACAAAAAUCGAAUGACUCCUUUGGGACUAAUGAAAGACCUCCUGGUAAGAGAGGACAGAGGGUUAGGAAAAAAGAGAAUAAUGCCUUGUUUGGUGUUGUUGGACAGAAGCUAAAACAGUAUACAAAAGGAUGGUGGAAGAUAUUCGUGGUAUUUAUAUUUUGGCUGCUUCAUUUGAUCUCUGAUAUCUGUAGUCUAAGUCUGCACCUUAUUAAUGAUAUGGCAACUCACUCGUGGACAUGGCUGAUACACCAAUGGACUCUGCUCGCCCAAUCAAUGCAAGUUAUCAUGAAAAGUUUUCGUAUAUUCGCAUGGGUGCAAAGCAAGUUCGCUAGAGAGAAGAAGGAGGACGUGUCCAAGGAAAAGCCCAGCUUGCCACCGAACGGACUCCAACACAACAUCUCCAUGCCGACGACAGGAGAUGAGGCUAUGAAAAGACUUUUAGCUUGUAAAGGAAAAGAUCCGUAUAGUAUAUUAGGGGUUACACCCACGUGCAGCGACGACGAUAUCAAAAGGUACUAUAAAAGGCAAGCCUUUCUGGUUCAUCCCGAUAAGAAUAAUCAACCAGGAGCGGAAGAGGCUUUCAAAAUACUAGUUCAUGCUUUUGAUAUGAUUGGAGAACCUGGAAGGAGAGCAGCUUAUGAUAGAGCUAGUUAACAGCUUCGUCAGGCCAGCUAACUGCGUGGUGGAGUCAGCUCAAGUGGUGCAAGCUUGGAGCGAGCUGACGGAGCUGCUGCAAAAGCUGCAAGCGAAAGUGGAGGCUGCCGCUAACACGAUCCGGUGCAGUUCGUGCGGUUUGCGGCACAGGCGGGUCAAGGUGGACAGGCCCAGUUAUGCGGCGAGGAACUGCGCCACAUGCAAGAUCCACCAUUCGGCUAGGGAAGGAGACAUAUGGGCGGAGGCCAGGGUGUUCGGAUUCCUAUGGCACUACUACGCGUGCAUGGAGGGUGCCGUUUACGACAUAACCGAAUGGGCCGGAUGCCAGAAAGACAGUCUGAAACACUUGCGACCAGACUCGCAUCAUGUCCAGUACCGAAUCGCGUUAGGCAAACAGAACAACCAACCUAAGCGACACACCACUCCACAGGCGGACAGACCAGAUCUCGAAAAUUUGUUAAACACCCUGUACGGUCACAGUGAUAGUUCUCAAGGACCUCGACGUAGAAAUAAGAAAUCUCCCAAAUGAUCCUGUUCAUUUUAAUACCGGACGAUUACACUUUUUAGAGAAUCAUUUUAUUUUGCAAUAAACGCUAUAUUAUGUAAUUAUGAUUGCGCUUAAUAAAAUAUUAACAGUA